AUGGAACGUCCGUCCUUCUUUUUUCUAUCUGAAACAAAGAGUUCGUUAGACAAGUCUACAAGGUUGCUACGUCUCUGUAACAACUACAAAAUCCAUAUUGUUCCUUGUCAUGGCCUUGCUGGAGGCUUGUGGUUUGGUUGGGAUCGUAACAUCAAUGUUGAGAUAAUUUCAAGUUCUGAUUCUAUAAUCCAUGGUUUUCCCCGUUAUGCCACCUGGGACCUUCUUUGUUGUUACGUGCAUCCAUCAAUUGAAGGGCGCAGAUCUUUUCUGGAUUUUGUUAGAUCUUUCAAUAGUGCCAAUAAUGAACCUUACUGCAUAAUUGGUGACCUGAAUAUGAUUACUAAAGUUGGGGAAAAAAACACUGGAGCUCAACUAAAAGUAAGAGUGCUAAAAGAGUUCACUAAACUCCUCGAUGAUUGUGCUUUAAUUGACUUGGGUGGUGCCGGUCCUCAUUUUACUUGGUCAAACCGUCACAAUACCCAGAACCUAGUAAAGCAGCGCUUGGAUCGAACUCUAGUUUCCUGCAAUUGGUCAGAAAAUUUCCCAAAUGCAACUGUAUUCCACUUGCCAAUGCUCGCCGGUGAUCAUUCACCACUGUUGUUGCAGCUUGUUCUAAAGCAAAAAAGAACUGGACAUACCCGGUUUGAAUCUUUUUGGUUCAAGGACAAUGAUUUCUACGACAAGUUCUUUGAGAAUUGGACUCUUGCUCCAAGAUCUUUCAUUGAUAAAUGCAAGACGGUUAAGAAUGGAAUGGUCUCUUGGGCCCAACGUAAAUAUGGUUGUAUACACCACCACAUUCGAAGGUUGGAACAGUAG